GAGACUGCAAGGAGCUUGAAACACGAGGAGAAGCUUGAAGUUGAACGCGUCAACUAACGUCUUCACUCAUCACUCUUCAUCUCUCUCGCCGGAAAAGUUGGGCGCUUUGGCUUCUGUCUCUCUCAUGGAGGCCAAACCUUACUCGAGGACUUGCACGGUCCUCGAACCGCUCGCCCAUUCCGACUUCUCCGACCACCCUAGCACUCUCACUCCCUUCCGAUCCCUCGCUCUCUUCUCCGUCUCCGAUUCCCAAACCCUAAUUUACCUCGGAACCCAAUCUGGAACUCUCCUUUUGCUCUCCACAAACCCUGACAAUUUCGAUGCUUCGGACUCCAACCUCUCGCUUCUGCGAACCAUUUCGGUCGGCGAUUCUCCGGUGGAGUCCCUGCAGGUGUUUGGAGGAAUCGGGAAGGUUUUGGUGUUGUCUGGAGGGUUUUUGUUCUUGGGGGAUUUGAUGUUGUCGCAGCCAUUGAAGAGAUUGAGCUUCUUGAAAGGGGUUACGGUGUUCACGAGGCGGUUGAGAAGUAGCGAAGCGGAGAGUUCGGAUUUGUCAGAAAGUGUUGGGAAUUCGACUGAGAGUUCUUCGAGUAAGACGAGUCAGAGGUUUUUGCAGAAAUUGGGCGGCGGGAUCAGGGCGAACGGAUUGAAGAUUAAGGAGCCAGAGCAGCAUCAUGAAGGUAGUCAUGUUUUUGCUGUUGUUAUUGGUAAAAGAUUGAUUUUGAUAGAGAUUGUUUUGGGUAGUAAUAGUAGAGUGGGUAGAAAUGACCAAGUUUCCGAUGGUUUAAAUGUUUCUUAUGUAAUUCUUAAAGAAAUUCAGUGCGUUGAUGGGAUUAUGUCAAUGGUGUGGCUUAAUGAUUCUGUCAUUGUUGGUACGGCUGCUGGGUAUAGUUUGAUUUCAUGUUUAACGGGACAAAUCGGCGUGAUAUUUUCUUUGCCGGAUGUAUCUCAUCCGCCCAGGCUUAAAUUGUUGUCUAGAGAAUGGAAUGUGCUUUUGUUGGUGGACAAUGUUGGGGUUAUAGUUAAUGCACAUGGGCAACCUGUUGCUGGGAGCAUUGUUUUCCGCCACGGACUGGAUUCUAUUGGGGAGAUAUCGUUAUAUGUUGUGGUUGUAAGGGACGGUAAGAUGGAUCUAUAUCAUAAGAAAUCGGCUACUUGCGUUCAAACGGUUGCUUUUGGUGGCGAAGCUGUCGGGGGUCCUUGCAUUGUUGCAGAUGGGGAAGAUGGAAAUAGGAAACUUGUUGUUGUUGCUACUCCCGGCAAGGUUAUUUGCUAUCAGAAAUUAACUCCUGAAGAACAAAUUAAAGACCUUCUGAGAAAAAAGAACUUCAAGGAAGCCAUAUCCUUAGCUGAGGAGCUUGAGUGUGAAGGCGAAAUGACAAAGGACGUGCUCUCCUUUAUACAUGCUCAAGCGGGGUUUCUCCUACUCUUUGGCUUGCAUUUUGAGGAAGCAGUAAAUCAUUUUCUGCAGUCUGAGACCAUGCAGCCUUCUGAAAUAUUUCCCUUUGUAAUGCGAGAUCCAAAUAGAUGGUCACUACUGGUUCCUAGAAACCGAUAUUGGGGUUUGCAUCCACCCCCUGUACCUCUUGAAGAUGUUGUAGAUGAAGGGUUAAUGGCCAUCCAACGGGCUAUCUUUCUUAGAAAAGCAGGAGUGGAUACGCAAGUUGAUGAUGAUUUCCUUUUAAAGCCCCCAAGUCGAGCUGAUUUAUUGGAGUCUGCUAUCAAGUCGAUUAUUAGGUAUUUGGAGGUUUCUCGUGAGAAGGAUUUGAAUCUGUCAGUUGAGGAGGGAGUUGAUACACUACUGAUGUACCUCUAUAGAGCUUUAAAUCGUGUUGAUGACAUGGAGAAGUUGGCAUCUUCUGCAAACUCCUGUAUUGUGGAGGAGUUGGAAACUCUGUUAGAUGACUCUGGACACUUACGAACACUUGCUUUUCUAUAUGCAAGUAGAGGAAUGAACUCAAAGGCGCUUGCUAUUUGGCGCAUUCUAGCUAGAAAUUAUUCUUCUGGUCUAUGGAAAGAUGCUGCUUUUGAGUGUGAUUUUGGGGAUACCAGCACCCAUAUUCUCUCUGGGAAGGAAACUGCUGCAGCUGAGGCAUCCAAGAUUCUUGAGGAGUCAUCUGAUGAAGAGCUUGUCCUACAACAUCUUGGAUGGAUUGCAGAUAUCAACCAGGUUUUUGCGGUUCAGAUUUUAACAUCAGAAAAAAGAGCAAAGCAGCUUGCUCCAGAUGAAGUUAUUGCAGCUAUUGAUCCAUCCAAGAUAGAAAUAUUUCAAAGGUAUCUUCAGUGGUUAAUUGAAGAGCAAGAUUUUAGUGAUACUCGAUUCCAUACCAUAUACGCUCUUUCACUCGCCAAAUCAACUAUUGAAGCCUUUGAAGAAGAAACUAAUUCUCAAAACCCUGGCACUGGAAAGAUAGAUGGAAGAGCAACUUCUUCUGAUCCUGCAGGAAAUUUAAUUUAUCAAACUUCUGUUCGUGAAAGACUGCAGAUGUUUUUACAGUUUUCAGAUAUGUAUGAUCCAGAGGAGAUUCUUGAUUUGAUUGAAGGAUCGGAGCUGUGGUUGGAAAAGGCUAUUCUUUACAGAAAGCUAGGCCAAGAGUCAUUGGUGCUUCAAAUUUUGGCCUUGAAGCUGGAACACAGUGAAGCUGCUGAACAAUAUUGUGCUGAGAUUGGGAGACCAGAUGCCUAUAUGCAGUUACUUGAUAUGUAUUUAAAUCCACAAGAUGGUAAGGAGCCUAUGUUUAAGGCUGCUGUUCGCCUCCUCCACAAUCAUGGAGAAUCGUUGGAUCCUUUACAGGUGUUGGAGAGAUUGUCCUCAGAUAUGCCCCUUCAACUUGCCUCUGAAACACUAUUAAGAAUGUUAAGAGCUCGACUUCAUCAUUAUCGUCAAGGGCAGAUUGUGCAUAAUCUUUCACGUGCUUUGGACACUGAUGCAAGGUUAGCAAGAUUGGAGGAAAGAUCGAGGCAUGUGCAGAUCAAUGAUGAAACUCUUUGUGAUUCUUGCCAUGCACGCCUAGGAACAAAACUCUUCGCAAUGUACCCAGAUGAUACUGUCGUCUGUUACAAGUGUUUUCGUCGUCAGGGUGACUCCACUUCAGUUACAGGUCGCAACUUUAAACAAGAUAUCCUGGUAAAACCAGGUUGGCUUGUGACUCGAUGAGUCGGACAAAAUUGAUGUCAUAAUGGUAUUUCAAAGUUGAAUUCACGCUGUCUGCCUACAGUCCUGCUAGCUUGGGAUCAGGAAUUUUCAGAUUGUGGAGAGACAAAUUUGGAGGACUGAAAACCAUCUGAAGCGUAAUUCUGAAGCUCUCAAAUCAGAUUAUGCAAUAUUGAACUCUGUCAAGGGUCUCAAUUUGUUGAUAGAGGAAGCCAUAGCAAGUUUUUUAUGCUUACACAGAAUUCGCUCUCAUUUAUUGUGCAGUACUUUUGUUGUCCCGGUAAAUUGACGUAUGUUGCAGGAAUAACUUCAAUCAGAGUCGUACAGAAAACAGGUCGUCUUGAUACUUAAUACCGUUGAGAAAGAUGUACAUUCAAGGGAGGCUAUUUAUUUGUGCUGUGUUUAUUUAUUUGUUUGUUAAUUCUAUCCUCGGUUCUAAAGUAAUUAUCUGUAUUUUCAACAAUUAAGAGUGAACCAAUCGUGUAUUUGUAAUAUGCGCUGAAACUCUGAUGUCGUUUGGGCUCAUGAUUAAAAGGUUAGUUUCAAGUUGAAACUUUCAGUUUUCUGGCAUACUAUUGAAUAAAUAAGCCUUCAAAUGGUAAGCAUCCCGUCUGGUGCGGCAUUGUCUUCUGUUGUCGCUAGUGAGUUCAAUCCACAACAGGUCACAUUUAAGGUAUUUCAAUGGAGAUGUCGGACAAAAUUUAUCGACAUCAAGUGGUAUGCCGAAGUUGGUGGAUUAGAAAGCUAUUAGACUCACAUUCUUGCUUUCUAGUCGU